ACGGAACUCAGGACGACGACAGACCACAGACCACCUGCGCACAGGACUGAGCGUCGGCGUCGCCCAAGGGCCAACACCACAGACCACCACUGCUCUGGAGUAAAGCCGUGAAGGACGGAAAGAGGACGACGAAGGACUGAGCGUUCCAAGCGCCAGGCCGCCACUGCCCACCGCGGCCCGCCUCCACAGUCCGGUACUCCGCGCGGCUGCGCCCACUACUAUCCUAUUGCCGGCCGCCGGCGCAGGUCCAAUGUUUGUCUCUUAUAGGAUACGAUUUUACGAAAGGUAAGAAGAAUAUACCGAAAAGAAGUUUGGCAUUAUGAAGAAGAUGUCCAAGGCAACAUCUGUGUGGUCGUUUGGACGCCAUAAUUAUUAUUCGACGGCUGCCACGUUUUUCAACAAAUACGUAGAUAAGAGCAAUGUCUUCUCCUGGAACUCUGUCAUUGCCGAGCUAUCUAGGAGUGGAGAUUCAAUUGAGGCGCUUCGGGCUUUCUCUUCUAUGCGAAAGUUAUAUGUAACACCAAAUCGUUCGUCAUUUCCAUGUGCCAUAAAAUCGUGUGCUGCCCUUCGCGAUCUUUCUUCCGGCAGGCAGUUCCACCAGCAAGUUUUCAUCUUCGGGUAUGGGUCUGACCUUUUCGCUUCCUCGUCGCUAAUUGAUAUGUACUCCAAGUGUGGUGAGCUCAAAGAAGCAAGAUUACUGUUCGAUGAAAUUCCUAAACGAAAUGUUGUUUGUUGGACGUCUAUGAUUACAGGGUACAUGCAAAGUGACCUCCCCCGUGAUGCUCUCUUUCUUUUCAAAGAACUUUUGGUUGAAGAGAGUGAGAGCCUGGGAGAGAAGGAAGUGUAUGUUGAUGCAGUAGCAUUGGUUUCAGUUCUAUCCGCUUGUUCUCGGGUUUCAGGGAAAACUAUAACACAGGGGGUUCAUGGGUUUGCAAUGAAAAGGGGGCUUGAUGAGCAUUUGGGUGUAGGGAACACAUUGAUUGAUGCUUACGCCAAGUGCAGUGAGGUGGGGUUGUCAAGGAAGGUGUUUAAUGAGAUGUCUGAGAAGGAUGUCAUCUCUUGGAACUCAAUGAUCGCAGUUUAUGCGCAAAGUGGGCUUUCCUCUGAGGCAAUAGAAACGUUUCAUUUGCUGGCGAGAGAUCAAGAAGUUAAAUUCAAUGCUGUCACAUUGUCCACCCUGCUAUUGGCAUGCGCACAUGCUGGAGCCCUCCAUUUUGGGAAGUGCAUACAUGAUCAGGUCAUAAAAAUGUGUUUGGAAGAUAAUGUAUAUGUCGCAACCUCAAUCAUUGACAUGUAUUGCAAAUGUGGCCGACUAGUGAUGGCUAGGAAGGCAUUUGAUCGUAUGAAAGAAAAGAAUGUGAAGUCGUGGUCUGCCAUGAUUGCUGGCUAUGGGAUGCAUGGCCGAGCUAAGGAAGCUCUUAAUGUCUUUUAUGAGAUGAACCAUGCUGGGGUGACUCCAAAUUACAUUACAUUUGUUUCAAUCUUAACUGCUUGUGGCCAUGCUGGUUUGCUAAAUGAAGGAUGGCAUUGGUUUAGAGCCAUGGAACACAGAUUCCAUAUACAGCCUGGGCUGGAGCAUUAUAGUUGCAUGGUUGAUCUGCUUGGGCGUGCUGGCUAUCUCACAAAAGCAUAUAAUCUAAUCAAUGAAAUGAAGGUGAUACCAGAUUCUGUUGUUUGGGGUUCUCUUCUUGCUGCUUGCCGAAUGCACAAAAAUGUAGAGCUUGCAGAAAUUUCUGCCAAUAAAUUAUUUGAAAUAGACUCAACUAACUGUGGGUAUUACGUCUUGCUUUCACAUAUAUAUGCUGAUGCCGGAAGGUGGAAGGAUAUGGAAAGGAUGAGAAUUAUUAUGAAAAAUAAAGGGUUAACAAAAACUCCAGGGUUUAGUCUUGUUGAACUGAAAGGUCUGGUACAUGUAUUUCUGGUAGGAGAUAGACAACAUUGUCAACAUGAGAAGAUUUAUGCAUAUUUGAAUGAGUUGUCCAUAAAGUUGAAAGCCAUUGGCUACACACCAAACAUGACUUCGGUUCUUCAUGAUGUUGAUGAAGAGGAGAAAGGAUUGGUAUUACAAGUUCACAGUGAGAAGUUGGCUGUUGCUUUUGGGAUAUUGAAUUCUAUCCCUGGUGCAACUAUCCACGUGAUUAAGAAUCUUAGGAUAUGUAGUGACUGUCAUACUACAAUUAAGCUCAUAACCAAGAUUAUUGAUCGGCAAAUUGUUAUUAGAGACUCCAAACGAUUCCACCAUUUCAAGGAUGGAUUGUGUUCAUGUGGGGACUACUGGUGAGGUGAUUAAAAUGGUUUAGUCAGAGGCAGAGAAGCACUUGUGGAACAUAUACUGUUGAAGAGACUACUUGUGGAACACUUCGGGCAAGUAAGAAUGUAGUUUUAUCUGUGGCAAACUACAGGCAAAGCAUGGAGGACACCUUUCCUUUUUGAAGGACUUACUGCAUCUAGCUUGUGGUAUUAAUCAUAUUGUAACCUUAAAAUAUUCAUGUCUCUGUGUGAAUGUGAAGAUACAAAAUAAACGUGUAUUAUAUGUAUCAGGUUCUUAUGAUGUUUUUUUGGGCAGUAAAAUAAGUGCAUCAUGUUAGGCAAGUCAGCAAGUGAAAAUGAGUUGACUUUAUAUGUGGGUGAGUAAGAGCAACCAAUAAAUUCAUUGGGGUUUUGCAUUAUGGUUCUUUCAUGCACAAACCAAAGCAGCAGUUAGUAUCAUCCGCUCCUUCGUAGAGUGAUUGUAAUCCUUAGGUUAUUGAUUCUUAACAAACCUUUAUUUUUGAAUAUAUUCUUUAAAUGGCUGAAGUGCAGUUUUUUACACAUUCGAUUUUUAGCACCAUAUUAGCAAAUUCAGUAUUCAAAUUUUAGCCAAAAUAUCACAUAUUUUUUAAAAAAAAAAUUGAUACCAAUAUAACACAAGCUUUUACACCAAAAAUUCUUAAUCAAUGGAGUGGUCAUUAGUCAAUCAAGGAUAGUUAAUUUAUGUGGAUUUUAGUUAAUCAUUUUGAAAUUGAAUUUAAGCUUAUAUUUCUUCAUUGUGGAACACCAAUAUAGAAACGCAAGGCUAGACACUGACUAUGCACUGACAUAUUAGAUCUCCUUAAUAUUUUAUGGAUCUAUUUUGUAUGCAGAUCUGAAGUCACUCUUGGGGGCUGAAAGUUGUAAUUAAUACAGAGUAUUAUGCUUUUAUUCUGUUUGCUUAAACCAGGAUGAAAAUAAGGCAUAAGCUCCACUGUAAGUCUUGAUAAACACACUUUAUCUGAACAACUGGCUUGUGAUGAUUUUAUUUUCAUUCUAGCUUGUUUUCACUGACUGAUUGCAUUUUAAGGUGUCAGUUUCAUUGCUGAACAGACAUGUAGUUGCAACAAGAGAGGAUGUUGGUACUACCCCCCUAAAGCCUUUUUCCUUGAGAAGCAUUUUGAGUCCAUAUUUCAAGAGUGUACAUGCAAAACUUUUGGUUUAUGAUUCCUCUUCUGAAGAACAAAUUAUUUCGGGAGUUCCUGAUUUGGUGACUGCGUACAUCCGACCCCCCCUUACCCCCUCCGUCCCCUUUUAAAUGUCCCGGAAGAGGGUGACACGAGUUUUAAGAAAAGUGAGUUUGUAUGAUUGAUAAUAAUUGAUAAAGUAAGAAUAAAGUAAAAAUGAUUUUGACACACAAACUUUACCAAAUAAGGUAUAUGACAAUUAAAUAGGGAUAUCCCAAUAUGGUAAAAUGAGACAUUUAAAAGGGGAGAGAGGGGGUAUGUUUCAACAACAAUUGUAUGAAAUUCGAGAAAGUAUUGCGAAUGCAAUAUGGGAUGAUUAUGAUGUAUGAGAUGGUGAAGUAGUUGUUCUGAUUAAAAUAAUGUCAUUUAUUGAAGGGAAAAGGGAAAAAUAAGUCCUCGAAACAGCGAAGUAUAUUUUAGAAAAUCAUUUGACUGCCUUCCCGGUUUUAUUUUUAAUUGAAAUUUGGUAUGGGUAAUUUAGACUUAAUGAAGAAGAUGCUUAAAAAAUUCCAUAAAAAAUUUUCACUGGGAACCUCCCCAAAUGGCGGUGCCGGACAGAACCUUCUAUACAAGGGGUGAUUUGCAUUUUUUUGGUUAGUUCGAGGGCUUAUUUGCCCCUUUUCCCUUUAUCGAACAUUUAUGUUAAUUUUUUGUGUUUGUAAUUGUGCAAUUCUUUUCCGAAUAUUAAGUAAAUGUUUUUUACAAAAAAUUGAAAUGGAAAAUCGAAAAACUAUAAACAUGUUUUCUAGUUUAGAAAGCAAAAAACUAGAAAAUGAAAACAAAAAACAGGAGGCUUGAAAAUAGAAAAUGAAAACAAAAAAUUGUCUUUAUUAGUAAACAG